GCAGCGAGCAAAGUGAUCAAAGUAGAAAGGAGUCCAAAUUUUAAUAGAAAGGGGAAAAGUGUGCAAAAUUAUGCUCUAAAGUCCCUUUAAAUACAUUUCUCCGUUGAGUGAACCGUUCAAUUUGUGUUGUGAUUGAAAAUAUACGACAGGAUCCAGUGAAUUCAUUGAACUGUGAUUGAGACGACAGUCAAAAUGCUCAGCGCUGAAAAAUCUGGAGCGCAUACGAUUUUUCAUUCGUAAAGCAGGAAAGAGAAGAGCUGCUGGCUGGUCGUGAUUUCUGUAUAUGUUUUUCUUCAUUAUCUGCACUUCACAAAUAUUGCAAACGAAUUGAUCGCCAAAGAUGUUCCAGCUUUUCCUGUGCAAGUGGAAGCACCAGCACAGAGAAUGUCCGCUGAUGCUAGGGAGUGUUCUACUGCAACUUUUCUUUGCCCUUGUGCUAGUUCAAUUGUGCACACUGACAGCCGCAGGUGGUGGCAUUUCCGGAGUGACCAUCGGUGGCACGUCCCAUGGUGGAAAAUGCACAGAGAUUCGAUGUAUGAACGGUGGAAGCUGUCGGAACGGAACCUGCGUUUGCCCGGACGGUUGGCAGGGUAGCGAGUGCCAGUUUUGCGGUGGAAAAGUCAGAUUGACGGAACCGACCGGAAGUAUCCACGACGGACUUGGCAACUAUUCGAUUGGGGUUAAGUGCAGCUGGCUAAUAGAUGCCCGUGAUCACAACAGCAUCGCUGAGAAACUGUCACCAGCAGGCAGUGGCAAACCGUCUGUGAUUCGAUUGCACUUGGAAGAGUUUGCAACCGAAUGCGGUUGGGAUCACCUGUAUGUGUACGACGGGGACAGUGUCGAGUCGCCGCUGCUAGCCGUCUUUAGUGGGUUGAUGUAUCGUAAGAAUUUUAGCAUUCGAAGAAUCCCAGAAGUGUUUGCCCAUAGCGGGUCAGCACUGUUGCAUUUUUUCAGUGAUGACGCAUAUAAUAUGUCCGGUUUCAAUAUAAGCUAUCAGGUUAAUGCCUGCCCCACGGUUGAUACGGCUCUGAACUGCUCGGGUCACGGAGUGUGUGUAUACGGGGAAUGUAAAUGCGACGUUGGCUGGAGUGGUCCAGCUUGCAGUGUAGCUCGGUGUCCGAAUGACUGUUCGGCCCACUUAGGACGAGGUGCUUGUAAUGUUAUCCAGCAAAGGUGCAUUUGCACGAUUGGCUACGAUGGAAAUGAUUGUUCACAACAUCGGGCAUCGCAAGGAGUUUGGACAACAAUCAGCUCGGAGGACACGAUUGGAUUUGCGCCACCAGGAAGUGCUUCACAUGGUGCUGCUGUCUUUCGAGAUACGUUCUAUAUCAUUGCUGGAGAAAGCUACGGUAAAGCAAAAUCCCUGAUGUACAUGUAUGAUUUCAACGGAAAGGUGUGGGAAACGGCUCAUACGGAUUCCAAAACGACACCGGAUUUGCGAUAUGGCGCUUCAACGGUUAUGUAUGGAGAUAAAAUUUUUCUUUAUGGGGGAGUGGUCGAAGGUAAAGGAGUUUGUGGUGAACUUUGGGCUUUCGAUGUAAGUGCCAAAAAUUGGGAGAAUAUAACGGUGAAAGCAGAACAGUGUAAUGAAACUUAUGCUAUGUGCGGGCCACUGAAAUCCGCUGGACAUACGGCUACUUUAAUAUCCAAUUUUGAAGGAGGGAAGAAAGGUCAUUCCCAAAGAAUGGUGGUUAUUUUUGGACAUUCUCCACAGUUCGGAUACUUGAACACGGUGCAAGAGUACAAUUUCGGUACGCGGGAAUGGAAAAUUGUCAAAACUAAAGGAUACCCAGUGAAAGGUGGUUAUGGACAUUCAGCGGCUUAUGACCCGUUGCGAGAACGGAUAUACGUUUAUGGAGGAAUAGUCUCUGAAAGUGAUAGCACACAGCUGUUAAGUAACAAACUCUAUAGCUAUGAACCUCAUAGUCGUGUGUGGACAUUGGAGGCGGCAGCCCCAACUGCUAGAUUUCUGCACACAGCCAACUUCAUAAGUCCUGGUCUGAUGAUUGUUUUCGGUGGCAAUACACACAAUGACACUUCUCAUAGUUUCGGUGCCAAAUGCUACAGCAAAGAUCUCAUGGUGUAUGAUAUUUUGUGUGAUUCCUGGCAUGUUCAUCACAUGCCACAGGACCUGCGUGCCGAUUUGGCUCGAUUUGGGCAUUCUGCAAUUGUCUUUGAAGAAUCACUUUAUAUUUAUGGAGGUUUUGAUGGGCAGAUGAUCAACGACAUGCUAAAGUAUACGCCAGGCAAUUGUCGGGCACUGAAUAGGUCAGAUCAGUGUCUAUACGCUCGUCCGGGUUACAAAUGUAUCUGGGAUAUUCAGAAAAGUAAGUGUGUUCCAAUUCAAGAUGUUGAUAAAGGAGCAUUAUUCAGCAGAGAUCAGAUAAACUAUGAAAUAUGUCCGCAAGAAAGUAGACUUGUCAUGACUCGGCAAGCGUUGGCGGAUUAUGAAUUGUGUAGUCAGUUGAGCAGUUGUCAAAGUUGCGUGUCAACUUCCUACGGUUGCAUGUUUUGUGGAGUUGGCAAUGGAAAAGGUUACUGCGCAAAAGAGAAAUGUCCGGAUGUGUCUUACACUUAUCGAGCAGAUUUCUAUCCGACACGAAAGUUGAAAGAUUGUCCAGAAAAUGAUGAGCAAGUUUGCACACAAUUGCAUGGAUGUCAUGCUUGUUCGGCAUAUAAAUUUUGCCAUUGGGAUUACGAACACAGCAAGUGUUAUUACGUUGCGAAUAAGACCAGUGAGAUUCUAAACGACGCACUCCCCUGUCCUCCUGCAUGUUCGGUUUUGACGACCUGUGGUAAUUGUACGCAAGAGGAAUGCAUUUGGUGUCAGAAUGAACAGCGAUGUGUAGAUAAAAACGCGUACACUGCAAGCUUUCCAUAUGGGCAGUGUCGAGAAUGGACGACUGGCUCUAAUAAAUGCCGUGCCGCAAGCUCUGGCAAAAGUCAAUGUGGUUUCUAUAAAACAUGUGCUCAAUGUCGAGAUGAUCCAGCCUGUGGCUGGUGUGACGAUGGUUCUAUGACUGGUUUAGGAAAAUGUCACCCUGGGGGUGAUAGUGGCGCACAUGAAGAAAUGGAUUGCCAUAAUGCCAGAUGGCACUUUACGCAUUGCCCCAGUUGCCAGUGUAACGGCCAUAGCACAUGUCCGGACUCAAAAACAUGUAAACAGCCUUGUAAAGAUCCGAUGGUUGGGCAGAAUUGUGAAAAGUGUAAACCAGGAUAUUGGGGAAACCCGGUGAAUGGUGGCACCUGUCAAAAGUGCGACUGUAAUGGACAGGCACAGUAUUGUCACAGUGAAACUGGAAAAUGCUUCUGCAGUACCAAAGGUCUAGCAGGGGACCAUUGCGAAAAAUGUGAUGCUACUAAUCACUACCACGGCGACCCUAGUCGAGGAUCAUGCUAUUACGAUCUCACCAUAGACUAUCAGUUUACGUUUAAUCUUUCUAAGAAAGAAGACCGUCAUUUUACUCAGAUAAACUUCCGCAAUUCUCCGAUCAAAUCAGAUAUCGAUGCUGAUUUCAGCAUUACCUGUUCCGUGGCCGCCAAAAUGAACAUAACAAUACGGACGGCAGGAGGUCCGGAGAAACCGCUCUUUUCCGCUGUCAACUGUUCGACUUUUCGCUAUCGAUUCUCCAAAGCAGAGCACCAUUUCGGCAUCGAAGACAAUGUUACACUAACUACAUUUUAUGUGUACGUGUAUGACUUCCAGCCGCCGCUUUGGAUCCAAAUUGCUUUUUCGCAAUACCCCAAGCUAAAUCUGCAACAGUUUUUCAUCACAUUCUCAACGUGCUUCCUGCUGUUACUUCUAAUGGCUGCUGUCCUAUGGAAAAUCAAGCAACGCUACGAUAUGUUCCGUCGGCGACAACGGCUGUUUGUCGAAAUGGAGCAAAUGGCAUCACGGCCAUUUUCUCAGGUUCUGGUGGAAAUCGAAAGCAAAGAAUAUAACGAGCUGUCACCGGCAGUCGAGAAUAUUACCAGUGCUCCAAGAAAGCGAAAAAAGGACUCCCCUAGCCCUAUUGCAUUGGAGCCCUGUGAGGGUAAUAGGGCAGCAGUACUAUCGCUUCUAGUCCGGCUGCCAACGGGUGGCCUUCAACAUUCUCCUCCUGGUCAAUCGGCAGGUCUAGCCGUAGCAAGUGCAUUAGUAACGUUAGGUAAUCCGCGACGACCGUCGAUAGAACACCCGAAGGAACCGAAGACUAAACGUAAGCAGAGCCAACAUCCCGACAGUUGUAUAUAAAGGUAAGAAUGCAAAAUUACUCAAAACAGGCAACGAUAAAAAAAAGCGUGUGCAUCAUUUGCGCCGACCUCGGAGUUAUUCCGUUAGACGUACCUUCGUUUGGCGCAAUUAUAUAUGUGGUUUCGACCACAUUUUAAAUUUCAACUUAACGAUCAAAUUCAAGCAGCUGUUUGGCAUUAGAUCAGCCCUUUAAACGAUUUUACGUCAAAUGGAAUGCAUCUCCUUUUAAGUCUGUUCUGUUUAUUUAAGUGUAAGCGAUACAUUCAUAAGCGCGAAAGGCGCCAUGUGCGCGCCAAGAUGGAUGUAAUUAUUAAUUAAUUAUAAAUAUUAUCAAAUUAGAACAUCAAACCAACAUUGUAAACCCUGGGUUUGAUGAUGAUAAUGAAGGAUUAUGUUUACUAAUAACCGUAGGAUAAUACGAAAUGAGAGAGCAGGAGGCAUUUUAGGCAAGUAGAAUUUAUAAGUUUCAAAAUGGUGUUAUCAUGGCUAAGCUAUCAUAUUUUUAACAUCCGCUGUCGAUCUCUAUGAGCGAAAAAACCUAUUUUGUAAAGGAAUGAAAAGUUAAUUUGCCUUUUUUAUGUUUAGAUACAUGCAGUAUCUAACUUUAAUUUAAUCGGAGGAUUAGAAAAGGAUUUUUCUAUUAUAACCUAUCGCUUUCAAACGAAUGAUUAUAUGACGUGGUGUGUCACUUUAGAAGAUCGUUUGAACUAAUCGUUUUAGUGUUGUGGUUUUUAUAUAUGACUCGAUUAAAGAUUUUCUGAAAACCAUCAAUAUGAACUCUGUCCUUAUUUCGAAUGUGGCACAGCAAAUGUUCGUUAACACGCACGUAGUUUUUUUUAAAUAAUGUUAUACCACUACAAUGCCUAAACUACCUUUGUGUUUGCUAUUCUACAAUCGAGUGUUCAAACUGCAUGCCAUUUUAGAACUGACCGUAAGAGUUUCUGUUUGCGCGUUUAUCAGGCAAGUUAUGAUUUUAUUCGUUAGUUUACAACUGUAGUGCAUUUCUCAUACCUAACGACACAACAAAGUAUGCCACCGUGAAAAAAAUAAAUAAAUAAAUAAAUACUCAACGUUCCGCAAACUACACUUCCAUUUUCGGCAUUACCAAUACACUUUAUAAUCAAAUCCAGUCCGUUAGGCAAGAUGUUAGAUGCAAUUACCAUUCUAUUUUUGACUUGACUCGAUCGACUGCAUUGACAAAAUGCCAGGUAUUCAACAGCUACAAUAACGAAAGACCGUGAGGCUGCUAAGUUUUCAUUUGAAUGUGAUGAUUAGAUGCUAAGCCAACCGAAGCAGCUUCAGUAAAGAGCAAUCGCUUUAGGGGCCUGAUUUUCCGAUAAAGAAGGCGCUCAGUAAAUUGGCCUCACAAACCCGUAAAACGAAUGAUUUAGACGACGAAUCGCAAAUACAAACUAGGUUGUUGAGAGACCGAAAACGGAUUAUACGGCUGCAUAAAAUCGAACUACAGAAUCACAAUACUACAAUACGAGUAUAGAACCUUUAGUACUGCAUACAUUAAAAGGGGCAACGCAAUGAGAUACAGGAACGAUUAGCUUUUAGGUAGGUUCUGAACUGAUUCAUGCUUCUAGAAGGACUCAGUAUCUGGUUUGGGGAAGCCACCGAUGCUGUUUGAAGAAAAAUCGCAAAUGAAAUUUGUAUAGAAGGGGAAAAUGGUUUGAAAAUAAAACAAAUAAAAACUACACAUCGCAGUGAGUAAAAAGUAUU